GCCAGUAUGAUGGCUUGGCCUUACUCGACUCAGGGUGGGUCGGGGAACAUCUUGCACAUUGAGGUGAAGACAGUCGCAGAGGUUGGCAGCAGCGUCUACCUGAGCCUUGUCACAGAACAUCAGAAUUCUGAAACCAAGAAACAGAUCACUCACUUCACCAUCCUGGUCCUGAGUAAGGACCGGAUUGUGCAUGCCAAACAUCAAUCAAAAAGUGACCUCACGGUAACCACUAUUGAUGUGACUUCAGAGAUGCUGCCCUCCUUCCGCAUCCUGGCCUUUUAUUUACUGCCUAGGGGAACAGGUCAGGAUCCUAAACUGGUGGCCGACUCCGUAUGGGUUGAUGUGAAUGACAGAUGCAUGGGGACACUGAAGGUUGGUUUGGAGAAAGAAAGACGCUUCCAGACUUUGAAGCCUAACAGCCACGUGGAAGUGAAGGUGACAGGUGAUAAAGAGGCCACAGUGGGGUUGGUGGCCGUGGACAAGGCUGUCUAUGUCUUGAACAGCAAGCACAAGCUCACACAGAAGAAGGUCUGGGAUGUGGUGGAAGAAUAUGACAUUGGCUGCACAGUGGGCAGUGGGAAAGACGGACUUGCUGUAUUCAAGGAUGCUGGAUUGGACCUGAAGAUGAGCACAGGGAUGCACACCCCAGCAAGCUCAGACUGGCAGUGCCCUCAGAGCCCCCCUGCCAGCCGUCACCGCCACUCCCUGAAAUGGCUGGAGACCAAGAGGAAUGCAGGUCAGAGCUAAAGCUGGACAUGUCCCUCCUGGCUCCCUAAACUACUGUAUUCAUCAGAGCUUAGAAGAGAAAACUGAAACCACUCUAGGUGCUUCAAGC